AUGCUCUUAGUAUGUGGCGAGUGCAUCACCUCAUCGUCCGCGCUUCCCUCGCGAUUCGCGCAACCCCACGUUACGAGCGCUGCUGCACUCGCGCAUGCCCUCGUCGCCCGCGCGUCCCCUCGUCGCGCAAUGUUUCCCCUCGUCACGGAGCUUACCCUCGUCUUCCACGCUCACCCGCGCUUCCCACGCUUACCCCAUUCCCCCCACUUGUCCGCCUCCCUUUCCCCCCACACACCACCAGUAUUCCCCCCACUUGUCCGCCUCCCUUUCCCCCCACACACCACCAGCAUUCCCCCCACUUGUCCGCCUCCCUUUCCCCCCACACACCACCAGCAUUCCCCCCACUUGUCCGCCUCCCUUUCCCCCCACACACCACCAGCAUUCCCCCCACUUGUCCGCCUCCCUUUCCCCCCACACACCACCAGCAUUCCCCCCACUUGUCCGCCUCCUUUCCCCCCCACACACCACCAGCAAUUUCCACUCCCUCCUCCCUGCUUCCCCACUCCCUCCUCUCUGCUUCCUCCAUCCCUCCGCCCUGCUUCCCCCCUCCCUCCGCCCUGCUUCCCCCCUCCCUCCGCCCUGCUUCCCCCCUCCCUCCGCCCUGCUUCCCCACUCCCUCCGCCCUGCUUCCCCCCUCCCUCCGCCCUGCUUCCCCCCUCCCUCCGACCUGUUUCCCCCCACCCUCCGCCCUGCUUCCCCCCUCCCUCCGCCCUGCUUCCCCCCACCCUCCGCCCUGCUUCCCUCCUCCCUCCGCCCUGCUUCCCCCCUCCCUCCGCCUUGCUUCCCCCCACCCUCCGCCCUGCUUUCCCCCUCCCUCCGCCCUGCUUCCCCCCACCCUCCGCCCUGCUUCCCCCCUCCCUCCUACCUGCUUCCCCCCUCCCUCUGCCCUGCUUCCCCCCACCCUCCGCCCUGCUUCCCCCCUCCCUCCGCCCUGCUUCCCCCCACCCUCAGCCCUGCUUCCCCCCUCCCUCCGACCUGCUUCCCCCUUCCCUCCGCCCUUUUUCCCCCCUCCCUCCGCCCUGCUUCCCCCCUCCCUCCGCCCUGCUUCCCCCCUCCCUCCGCCCUGCUUCCCCACUCCCUCCGCCUUGCUUCCCCCCUCCCUCCGACCUGCUUCCCCCCUCCCUCCGCCCUGUUUCCCCCCUCCCUCCGCCCUGCUUCCCCCCUCCCUCCGCCCUGCUUAUCCCCACCCUCCGCCCUGCUUCCCCCCUCUCUCCGCCCCGCUUCCCCCCACCCUCCGCCCUGCUUCCCCCCUCCCUCCGACCUGCUUCCCCCCUCCCUCCGCCCUGUUUCCCCCCUCCCUCCGCCCUGCUUCCCCCCUCCCUCCGCCCUGCUUCCCCCCACCCUCCGCCCUGCUUCCCCCCUCCCUCCGCCCUGCUUCCCCCCACCCUCCGCCCUGCUUCCCCCCUCCCUCCGCCCUGCUUCCCCCCACCCUCCGCCCUGCUUCCCCCCACCCUCCGCCCUGCUUCCCCCCUCCCUCCGCCCUGCUUCCCCCCUCCCUCCGCCCUGCUUCCCCCCUCCCUCCGCCCUGCUUCCCCCCACCCUCCGCCCUGCUUCCCCCCUCCCUCCGCCCUGCUUCCCCCCACCCUCCGCCCUGCUUCCCCCCUCCCUCCGACCUGCUUCCCCCCUCCCUCCGCCCUGUUUCCCCCCUCCCUCCGCCCUGCUUCCCCCCUCCCUCCGCCCUGCUUCCCCCCACCCUCCGCCCUGCUUCCCCCCUCCCUCCGCCCUGCUUCCCCCCACCCUCCGCCCUGCUUCCCCCCUCCCUCCGACCUGCUUCCCCCCUCCCUCCGCCCUGUUUCCCCCCUCCCUCCGCCCUGCUUCCCCCCUCCCUCCGCCCUGCUUCCCCCCACCCUCCGCCUUGCUUCCCCCCCCCCUCCGCCCUGCUUCCCCCCACCCUCCGCCCUGCUUCCCCCCUCCCUCCGCCCUGCUUCCCCCCACCCUCCGCCCUGCUUCCCCCCUCCCUCCGCCCUGCUUCCACCCACCCUCCGCCCUGCUUCCCCCCUCCCUCCGCCCUGCUUCCCCCCACCCUCCGCCCUGCUUCCCCCCUCCCUCCGACCUGCUUCCCCCCUCCCUCCGCCCUGCUUCCCCCCUCCCUCCGCCCUGCUUCCCCCCUCCCUCCGCCCUGCUUCCCCCCACCCUCCGCCCUGCUUCCCCCCUCCCUCCGCCCUGCUUCCCCCCACCCUCCGCCCUGCUUCCCCCCUCCCUCCGACCUGCUUCCCCCCUCCCUCCGCCCUGUUUUCCCCCUCCCUCUGCCCUGCUCCCCCCCUCCCUCCGCCCUGCUUCCCCCUACCCUCCGCCCUGCUUCCCCCCUCCCUCCGCCCUGCUUCCCCCCACCCUCCGCCCUGCUUCCCCCCUCCCUCCGCCCUGCUUCCCCCCACCCUCCGCCCUGCUUCCCCCCUCCCUCAGCCCUGCUUCCCCCACCCCCUUCCCUGCUUCCCCCCACACCCUCUACCUGCUUCCCCCCAUCCCCUUCCCUGCUUCCUUCCAUCCCCUUCCCUGCUUCCCCCCAUCCCCUUCCCUGAUUCCCUCCCCCCUCUGCCCUGUUCCCACCUGCCCUCCCCAUCCCUGCCUUUCCCUCCCUGCCCUGCCCUUCCCUUCCCCAUCCCUUCUCAACCCUUCCCUUCAUUUUCAUGCCCUCCCCCCUUCCGCACUCUCGUUCCCAUGCAUGUGCAUCCAUCGCUGUCUCCCCAUACAUGCUUUCAUCAUGUGUACUUGCUUGUAUCCCCUUGCCGUUGUUCCCUUGCACCUCACACCACCUCCCCCAUGUUUCUUCACACAAUUCUUUCUGCCUACUCCACUCCCCUACUCAGCAGAGGAGCAAGCUGA